AUACACAUUGCUUCAGUAAUAAAUUGUAUGAUACCAUAAAUGUUGUAGUAUUUGUAAUUACACGCCUGUUAAAAUUCUAUCUCAAUAUUUUACCUAAAGUAAUCUUAAAUGAAUAUAAUUGCUUUUAUUCUAAUUUCUUGUACUUUUUUACUUUUGAAAAUCAAUUCAGGUGCAUAUUGCACUGGAAAAUUACCUGAUCAAGAUGGACAAUCAAUCUACAUUACCUAUGCAAUAAAUUGCAUUCAUGCUCAAAACGGAUGGAAGGCUUUACAAAAUUUAAAAAUAGAACCAAAUUUAUACAACUCCAUAGUUGAGAAGAGUAUAAAAUUAUCAUUAAAACCAAACAUUCGAAAAUUAAUUGAACCUUUUUGCACAACUAUUAUUUUGCUUAAUUACAAAUAUACAGAAGUACUAAAAACUUUUGUUGAUUAUUUGCAUAUAAUUAUUCAUAAAUGUCAGCAAUUUCAUAAUGAAAAUUAUACAGAAAAUUUUAUAAAUUGUGUUACUUUAUUGACAGAAGAAGUUAAAAAUUCUGAAUCUAUGUUCGAUCAUCUAUACAACGCUAUGGCAUAUAUGAAUAACUUUGAUCAAAUAUUUAUGUUUUUGAAAUACUUCGAGUUAGUUUCCAUAGUUAAUGACAUUUACUAUUUUAAACAAUAUGUUUCACAAAAAACUGAAAAAAAUUUCUCUUUGGAUCUAAAUGAAACAUCAUUUAUUCAAGACUCCAACAUUGAAUUUGAAACUUUAAAAGAAUUUCACGAUAAAGCUUCAAAAAUUGUAAAUAACCUUAACCAAAACAGUAAUGUUAUAGAUGAUGACAACAAACAAGAUUUAUUAACGACAUACUAUGCAAAACAUUUGAGUGAAAGAAACAUUGAUUUUAUCAGUUUUACAUGUAAUCAACUUAAUUCUUUUUACGAAAAAACUAUUAAAAAUUUAUACAAAGACCUUGGUUUUGAAGAAUUAAUGAAUUCCAGUUUACCCAGGAUUAAAUCAUUAGAAAAAUCUACAAAUAUAUCAGAAAAUAGUAUACAAAUUCUCAAAAAAAUUAUUCGAGAAGAAGGUUGGAAAAAAUUUGAUCAUAUUAGGAUCAAUUUUGAUAAUCAUAUUUUAAGUAUAUAUGAUGUACUAAAUGAUCCAAUUACAGUCCAAAAUUUUGAAACUAAAAAAAAACACGUUACUCAAUUUAUCAGGUGUAGAUACACUGAAAUAUUUAAAAAUUACAAUGUCUUAUUAUCCGUCAUAAUAAGAUUGUGCUUUAAUAAUUUAUCUGAUCACUACUUUGACUGCAUGAUUCUAUUUUUUGAUUCACUAACUAAGUCUAAAAAAAUGCUUGACAAAAUGCACACAGCUUUAAUAUCGUUAAAAAAAACAUCAAUAUGGGAUGUUAAUAAGAGAGCAAACUGGGAUUUACACAAACUUUUAGAUUGGUUAUCAAGUUACGUCUGUCUAUUAAAAAAUGAUAUUUUUUUACCACAAAAUAUUAUUAAACAAAAUAUCGAUGAUGUCUAUGAAACAUUUUCAAUAUGUCAAUUAGAUAAUGAAAAACAACUGAGAAGUGAUCUGUAUCGCAUGAAAAAUCGUUGUCUAUUAUCAAUACCAUUAUAUGAUCAGACGUUUAUAAUAAAUCAAUUUCAAAACUUAGCAACAAAUCAACCUAAUAACCAAGAUUCACUUUAUGUUGCUCGUAAAGCAUGCGAAUAUUUGAAUUUAUUUUGUGAUGAAGUAAUUAAAGUUAGCUAUGAAGACCUAGGCUUUAGCAAAAUUUAAUAAACAAAUAAAAAUUAAAAACUAAACUAGAAAAGAAAGUUCAACCCUUAUAACGAAAUAGAAGAAAACAAUACUUUAUUAUAAUUAUUACUUUUUAUCUCGAUCAGUUGUUAUCUUUUUAAGUGUUGACCGGUCUUUGUAUGGAUACUGUAUGGUCAAAUCAUAAUAUCUGUAAUAAUCAUCUCAUAUAAAUAAAUCGUUAAUAAAUGUAACUUAAAAUUUGUUUAUUAGUUAAUUAUGUACUUGUGCACAAAAAUAACAGUUUUAAAUUAAGUUCACUCUUGUUAUUUAAUAAAAACGUAUUUUAAUGAUUUUAUUUAUUCAAAAUCUGGAAAAUGUUGUAAAAAUAAAUACAUUUUAUUUUGUGUCAUUUCAUAUAAAACAUUUGUUUCGAAAUGUUUAUCUAUAUAUUUUAGAUGCUAGUAAGAU